CUUCACACAGGUCCCCGCGGACGUCGUAUUCUAUGUUAUCUGAGGCGUAAAUGAACUUGUUUCACCUCCAGAGGGGUCGGGGGAAAGAACUUGAGAGUGUUGUCAGAAGACUUUUAAGAACAAACCUCAAAUACAGGGUCCUUUUUCGCCGGAUUUACCUGCAGUCCGACUUCCCAUCCUCCUUCUGCACCACACAGGCCCACAUAAAUUUAUGGAGAAGUCGAACUGAUGGACCAAUAUGGUAUCAAUAACUAAACACACCGAGUCGUCGAGCGACAUGCUUGAUUCUCGCCUACCCUCUCCUAUAUCCAUCACAUGGGCCAUUUUGGAUCGACUCUGCACCAAAACGCCGUUCGCGUACUCCAAUUGGCCCUUGCUCUAACGACACCGGUCUCAUUUCCUUACACAGAUGACGUGGAGUUUGUCCCCCCUGAAGGCGAGGCAGGACCCACUGGCGUCAUGUGCGGUGCAGGCGAACGUCAUUAUGACUGUGGGCGGAGAUUUGGUGCCUGCUGCGAAAUCUCCUGCGAGCUCUGCUAUGCUCCCCGUGUGAAUCUUUCAUCGUAAGAUCCUGGCACGCGUCCACUGCCCACCUCGAAACAUUUCGCGAGGAUCGGUAGAGGGUGAUGCCGAGUGUGCCAACUACAGGGUUUUCGGUCAGUGGUGCCGGGAACACGAGAACGCACCAGAAAAUUUCAGUCCACUCUCGACGUCGGAGCGCAGUGAGCGUGUGCCACCCCGUCAAGCUCGUCAAGUCCGUAGCCGGGCCUUUAUCCUGACCGUCGCCGACGUGGAGUUGGACGGUGAAUGACAAAGCGCGUCACGUG